UAAGUAGCAGCAGCGAAAAAAUCGAUACAACAUCAACAAUAAACAGUGGCGGUGCUGCUUGCUUGGCCUACAAACAUAUCUGCAUAGCUCAGCAGCCUAGCAUACAAUAGUGCGGUGGUGCGAUAGUGUGCGUGUGUAUAUGGAGAUGUGUGCGGUGGCAUGCCUGUGCAGCCGCAUACUUGCAUGCACGCGCAUAUCGCCUUUUUAAUACCCAGCCGCCAGCCGCCAGCCAUCAGUUAUAAUCGCAUGCCGAUAACGUAAUACUUGCACCCAGUGGUGGAUGAGCAUUUCCCAUAUGGACACCUCCAGCUGACCAAAAGUUUGCGAUUGUGCGUUUAAUACAUAAACAAAUAAAUAUUAUUAACUGCAAGUGCUGUGCACACACACACACACACGCGUGCUCGUGCUUUAUGAGAAUUUGUCCAUUUUUCUGCUUUACGCAUAACUAACUAUAAAGCGUAUACCUACACAUAAGCACACACACGCACAUACACAUGUAUUCAUGUUAUAUGUGGAUGUGUUCAUAUAUGCAGCACAAGGUCAAACACACGUACACACACACAUACAUGCGCGACGUAUUAUCAAUUAACUAAGUGCGGCGGCUGGAGUGAAUGCAGAAAAGCAACAACAACAACAUCCACAACGACCAAAAAAAGAUGGUCGACUUAAAUACUUGCCCGCCUACGCCACCGGGGGGCGAACGCUUUAAAAUCAAAAGCUUUAUGGGACGCACUCCAGGCAUUGGAAUACUCAAGUCGAAAUUUCUAACAGUGCUGGGGAAUAGUAAUGAGCUGCUGAAUGGUAUUUCGAAUAAGCUCACACUUAGCAUCAGCUCCAGCGAAUCGGAGUACUGUGAUGAUGACGAAGAGGUUCCUAUAUUUGACGAUACUAUCGAUUACACUCAAAUUGAUUAUGAGUUUCGUCGCAUUAAGGCGCGUCGAGCGCAUGAAGAGAUCAUAUCAGGACGAUUUCGAUAUCCAAACUUAGCACCAAGACCCCGUUUAGAGGCCACACGCAUCAGCGCACGCGACAAAGUACGACGUUCCGCUUCGAGUUCCUCAACCUCCAGCUCCACAUCAUCUUCGAAUACACCACCCAUCACUCGUUCGCACGUAAGCAGCACUACGCGUUCCAAUUCUAUAGAGUCACGCCAUUCUGGUGGCUAUGGACGACCCGGACGUGCUAUACCGGGCGCUCGACGCAGUGAACUCGACAUACAAAGAGACUUGUCGCGCAUAACCGACUUGCUAAGUGUAAAUGCUGGCGCUGCCGCGGGUACAAGCGCUACUGGUGCGCCACAUAUCGAUGUGCAACCACCAUCCGAUCGAGAAUGCGCCAACAACUCCGCCGAGCAUCGCAAUCAUCCGACGCAUUUACACAUGGAUAUACCAGCCACGACACAGUCAGGCACAAGUAUGGUGGUGCCACCGCGCAGUCGUAACUCGAAUAGCAGCACGGUGACUAGUUUGCGCGACGAUCCCGAUGUGCAAUUUAGUCCGAGCAUCGAGUCCACAGAUUGGCGCAAUUUUAUACGCUCUGAGUCGCAAAAUUCGGUACCAUCGUGGGCGUCCUCCAUCAGUUUGGAUUGCCGUGUGGGUGAGGAACCGGUGAAGGAAUUCAUGAAACGUUUCACUGAGGUGCUUUUUACGAACGCUUCGGCAAUUGGACUGGAAUUGAAGGCGGAAUUUGGCGCGCUGGCGCGUAUCGAUGCGGGGCGGCAAUGGUUCACGCGUUUCCUGCUUGAGCAGAAAACUAAAUCGAAGCGUGUCGAUGAGGUGACUUUCCAUUCGCUGGUACAGUAUUUCGCCAUUGUCUUGUUCGAGUGCGGUGAAUGUGAGGACUUUGCACCGGCGGCGAUAAUUAUGAAUGUUUGUUUUAUUUUCUAUCAUGACAUUGAAGUUCCUGGCUGUGAUCCGUAUCGUGAGUACCUCUUCACUUAUAUGAGACGGCAGCCGAUUUGGUAUAGCCAACGCUUUUGGGGUGCCGCUUGCUUCGAGGCUGUGCAGAGUGAACGUGAGCAUCGUUUGAACCUGCGUAAGCGACGUGCGGAGAAGAAGCGACGAAAUAAAGCGCAAUUCGCAGCAAAGACUGCGGAUGAGUCCAUUGUGAAAGAGACGCCGCUAGCAGAUGCAUCGAAUGCAAACAAGGCGCCGGCGGACGUUGCUAGUGCUUGUGUAGUUGUAGAAGGGGAAGUCGGCUCCACGUCCAGUUCCUCAAAUCAUGGCAAUAUUGUGGCCUUAAAGGUGCAGUCGGUUAGGAAAUCUGCUUCGCAGGCAAGUGCUGAAGUCACUUCUGCAAUCGGUAGCACCGGUGCUUCGGCGGAGACGACAGCAUUGGUGGGCGGUUCGAGCUCUGCAGUGGUCGUCGAAAAGCAGCAACAACUCGAUCCGCACUCCAUAGAGAAUAUUGUGUUUCGACAACUGGGGGCCUUUAGUUGCAAUAUGCACUCAUUGGGCCUACCUCAAGAUAUGUGCCUAGAUUUUUUGAAAAAACAAUCGGCAACGGCAAGCCAUACUUUAUCAAAGGAGAAAACCAAGCUCAUCAAGGACAACAUAAUGCGCAUGUACCAUGAAACCGAUUCGUGGGGUGCGAAAGAGUCCUGAGCUGUUUUCCCCGCCCACUUUAAGACAUAAC